UACUCUUAACUAAACCCAUAGCAUUAACCAUGAGUAUCAGAACAAACUCCUUUUGGCUCUUUCCCUUUCUCAUUGCACUGUUUUCCAUUCUAAUUGCUCUAUAUACAGUCCCUCCUUUCUCCAAAACAAGUAUCACCGUAAGCAGUCAGCAUAGUAGUUUUCAAGUUUCCUUCGUCAGGCAAAGUGGUGAAUUCCUAUCUUUGUUAACAAGGAUGGUGUCUAGACGACAUCAUCAUCACCACCACCACCAUCGAAGGCGGCCUAAGCACAAAUGUGAUCAUACCAAAUGGAGCGUGCAGGAGGCGAUAGAUGAUGUUCCUGACUUGAGCCCCUCCAAGACCCUGGUCGUUAUUUAUUCUGGUACAUACAGGGAGAAGGUGGUGGUCCAUGCAAGCAAAUCCAACUUGAUAAUUCAAGGUGAGGGUUUUCUCAACACAGUAAUAGAAUGGAAUGACACUGCGAAUUCCACUGGAGGGACUGUAUACAGCUCUUCAGUUGCCAUCUUUGCUCCUAACUUUACAGCUUACAACAUUAGCUUUAAGAAUACAGCUGCAGAGCCAUCUCCGGGUGAAACUGGAAAGCAAGCAGUGGCACUUAGAAUAGCAGGUGAUCAAGCUGCAUUUUACAAUUGUGGAUUUUACGGAGCCCAAGACACGCUUCUUGAUGAUCGUGGGAGGCAUUAUUUCGAAAGAUGUUUCAUACAAGGUUCCAUUGAUUUCAUAUUUGGAAAUGCUAGAUCACUCUACAAGGGGUGUGUUAUUCAUUCAAUUGCUAAAGAAGGGACAACUGGAGUUAGCGGAUCCAUCACAGCUCAAGCGAGGCAGUCGGUGAAUGAGCAAACAGGGUUUUCAUUCGUGGAUUGCAUCAUUCGAGGAACUGGGAGCGUUUGGCUUGGAAGAGCUUGGGGAGCUUAUGCCACUGUCGUCUUUUCCAGAACGUACAUGUCUGAUGUUGUGGCUCCAGCCGGAUGGAAUGACUGGCGAGACCCCUCUAGAGACCAGACAGUACUUUUUGGAGAAUAUGAGUGCUUAGGGCCUGGAGCAAACUACUCAUUUAGAGUUUCUUAUGGGAAGCAGCUAAUGGAAUAUGAAGCAGCUGCCUACAUGAACACUUCAUACAUUGAUGGAGAUGAAUGGCUUCAAGACUAGGCCUUGUUAUGAGGGUAGAAAUAGAUAAGAUAGAAUAUAUGUAGAUACAUAUACACUCAUACCCUCCACUCGUUUAUGUAGAAUUUAUGACUAUGAAUUCGUGUCAGAGGGAAAUUUUAAAUGUAGAUGAAAUAAAGAGGAUUAAUUAAUCCUGUCAUAAGGGUAACUCUUUGUAUAAUGUCGAUCAAACCCUCCCGAGAAAUCAUUAUUUGCAAGUUAAUGUGAUUAGUUCUUGCAGAGUCGUGAUUGAACCUUCAAAUUUGGGUUUUAAAACCAAAAUAUUGAUAAAU